GUGACAGUUUCACGAAUCCCCGUGAGACCGUGUUGUUUAUUCAGUGAACACCGUUGGUCUUUGGUUUGUUCAAGGCCGACAGCAGCAUCUUUACAUCCGCUCUAAUGUUGUUCUGAGGUCUUUAUGUUUAUUAAACGUUUGAUUGUUGUAGUAAAGUUUUCUUUUUGGUUGUUUUCUGUUCCUAAUGUGCCUUUCCUGUGUUUUCUAAUGAACAGAGAAGAACUAUUGGGCUCUCCAUGUAUAAAGCCAUUAUUUUCCUUCUGUGCUGCUCAGUUCUUGGACCAUCACGUGAUGCAGUAUGAGAGCAGAUUAAUCACCAAAUCCAAACUGACAUAAUCAGUCCAGACACCAGCCGACUCGUGGAUUAUUUCUUCUGCAGCUUCAUUUGGCUCACAUUGCAAACAGACUUUUAAAAACUGAACCUGGAGCUUCAUGAUGGAGAAUCUGGAGGAAGAACUAGCAGAAACCUGGGACAGCAGAGCAGAGCAGGACGAGGAGAUGUUGGUCUGUGAAGGUCUGGAGGACUGGAAUGGAUUUAUCUCAGGAGGAACCGGUGGAGGUGAAGCAGAGGAAGAAGAUCUGGUGACUGAAUGGAGACCUGGAGAACCUGUCCGCCCACAACACGUCCUAAAGCUGAACAGCUACACGAAAGACUACCUGUGCUCACCUGAGGACAACAUCUACAACGUCAGCUUCUCUCGUUUCAAGAUCAGAGAUGUGGUCAGUGGAGCCGUCAUCCUGGACAUCAAAAAACUCCAACCAGCAGAAAUUCAAGACAUCAUUGAACAUGAAACCAACAGAUUCAUCCGGUAUCACUUCUCUCCGGCGUUUCUGACCCUCAGAGAAAUCGGAGCUACGUUGGAGUUCACGGUCGGCAGCAAAGCUCUGAGCCGCUUCCGUCUGAUCGAGAGGCAUUUCUAUAGAAACCUGCUGCUGAAAACCUUUGACUUUGAGAUUGGAUUCUGCAUCCCGCACAGCAGAAACACCUGCGAGCACAUCUACUGCUUACCGGACCUGGACCCAAACAUUGUUGAGGAGAUGAUUGGAAACCCGUUUGAGACGCGUUCGGACAGUUUUUACUUUGUCAACAACAAGUUGAUGAUGCAUCAUAAAGCCGAGUAUUCGUUCACCGGAACCGACUCGUCCAGAGAAUAGAAGCUGAAGACGAUCAGUUCACCCUGAACAGGACUAGUUAACCCACGGCCAUGAAAACUAGAGCCAGUAACCAGCAGCAUGUUUGGACUGUUUGAGAAGAACCACCAGGAACAUGGAGAACAUCCCAGAACCUUCCUGCUCCUAAAUGCUGGAUUUAAUAAAACUUCCACCCAGUGGUGUAGUGGUCCCUGGAGAAGUGGGUAUACUCUUAAUUUUCACCUUUUUUUUUAAAUUAGUCCAGAAAAACGCCCUGUUUUAGAAACAGUGACAUAGAAGACUACUCUAUUCAAUUUAUUCAGUCAUUUCUACUUGCCCACUAUUAUAAAAUUAUCAUGACUUGAUUAGGAGCAGUUUGUAGUUAUUACUGGAUUAAUGUAACAUGUAUUCAUCAUGAGGCAAACAUGGUGUUUCAGUUACUUUUGAACAUUUAUUUAAAUAAAAUACUUCAAAUAUGAA